AUGAACCAGGAAAAAGGUGUGGAGAUUACCACAGAUUACAAAGCUGAUAAAUUAUGGGACGAUUGUUGUCGACCAACAGCGACAACAAAUGUGAAAGAAUCAAUAAUAAUGAAUUGUGGUUCAACGGAAGAUGGAAAAUCGCUUAUUUUGGAGGAGAAGCCGUUUCUGCUUAUGAAAAACUCUCUUAAUUUGAUAAAGUGA